UACAAGUGCAGAUAUGGGAAGCUCGAUGCUGAAACAACUGCACCACUUACGACUUCUACUUCUACUUCCAGUGUGUCUAUCUUUAGUUUUAUUAUUUGGUUACUAUGGUAAAUCUUAUGUUAUUGAAAACGCCAAGCCAAUCUCCUAUCUGUCGUACUCGGUAGAGUCGUUACCUCUUUCUGACGAGGCCAAUGCAAACCUUACCAAGCUCGGACUUACUCCAAAGCCUGCAGCAGUGGUCAGAGAUGCAAAUGGAUUUAAACGAGUGGUCCACGGCCGUUUCCUUCACAUUACCGACAUCCACCCAGACCCUUACUAUAAAGAGGGAAGUAAUGUGGAAGAUGGAUUAUGUCAUGGGGGCAAAGGUUCCGCAGGGAAAUACGGAGAUGCUGUUGGAGGUUGUGACUCUCCAUUUGCACUCAUGGAAGCUACAAUUAAGUGGGUUUCGGAUAAUUUGAAAGACAAAAUCGACUUCAUUAUCUGGACUGGGGAUAAUGUUAGACACGAUAAUGAUAGAAGGUUCCCAAGAACUGAAAUGAAUAUCUUUGAAUUGAACCAACAAGUCAGCGACUUGAUGUACACUACAUUCAAGAAUAACGACAACCCAGAUGAUCCUAGGGCUAUGCUUGUAGACUUGGUGCCAUCAUUGGGUAAUAACGAUGUCUAUCCACAUAAUUUGUUUGCCCCAGGUCCAACUUUACAAACUAGAGAAUUAUUCAAGAUCUGGGCCCCAUUCAUUCCUCAGUCACAAUUGCAUGUUUUCAAUCGUGGGGCUUAUUUCUUUCAAGAAGUGAUUCCAGGACAAUUGGCAGUAUUGUCCAUCAACACAUUGUAUUGGUUCCAAUCCAACCCCUUGGUAGAUAACUGUGACAGCAAGAAGGAACCUGGGUAUAAGUUGUUUGAAUGGUUGAGUUAUGUUUUAAAGGAAUUAAGACAAAGAAAUAUGAAGGUAUGGCUUUCCGGUCAUGUUCCUCCUAAUGAAAAAAAUUAUGAUAUUUCGUGUUUAAGAAAGUACAUCAUUUGGACUCAUGAAUAUCGUGAUAUCAUUAUUGGAGGGUUAUAUGGACAUAUGAACAUCGAUCAUUUCAUCCCCUUGGAUAGUAAGGCGGCAUACAAGAGUUUGAAGGAGAAGUAUCUGUUACAAGAAAUGGUUGAUAACAACAUGUUUGACAUUGAGGGCCACGAUUCUGAUGAUGAAGUUCUUGAAUCUGAUAAUGAAGAUUUAUCACUUGAAGAUCAUUAUUCACUUAACGAUGUCCCUAUUCAAACCGGUGAGGGUAUCUCCUUUUUAGCCCCACCAGUAGAUAUACAAGGAGGUGUUCCCCAUGGUAAAGUCAAUUACCUUGAUACUCUUAGAGAAACACUUUACGCUACGAUCAAAGGUAAGAAGAAGAGUGGUGUAUCCUCUGAGCGGUAUUCCAUUGCACAUGUUUCCGCUAGUGUAGUUCCAACAUUUAAUUCUGGAUUAAGGGUAUGGGAGUACAAUAUCUCUGACUUAAAUUCUGCUUAUGAAGUCAAAAUUGAAUAUGCACCAUGGGAUGAAUUUUUUGUUGGACUUGAUACAUUGAUUGAACAAAUUGGUGAGCAAGAAGAUGAACCAGAACCUAAGUAUUCCACAUUUAAAGAUCAAAUGGACAUUUUCAAGAAGGAUAAAACCAUCCCACCUAAAAUGCCAAAGGGUUUACCAUUGGGCCCAGCAUAUACUCCACAACUUUUCACACCUGAAAGAUAUGUUCUGUAUUAUGCAGACUUAAAGUCUAUCAAUAAGGGAGAAAAGGAAUUCAAAUACGAAAUAGAAUACCAAACAGAUGAUAGUGUGUAUGAAAUGGAAAACUUGACUGUCGAUGAAUGGUUGGCAUUUGGAAGAAAGUUAGGUAAGCCAGUCAAGGAUGCAUCGGAGGAAAGAAUAUCGAAAAUUAAAGGUAAGAAGAAUAAGAAAAAUAAGGAUAAGAAGAAGAAGAAGAAGAAUAAGGAGCACGAAAAGUUAGAAGACAUUUGGCAACAUUACUUGAGGUACAGUUUUGUAAACUCGGGUUACGAAAACAUGAACAUUUAAAAGUAAAGAUUUGCUUAAGAUAUCGAAAACAAAACAAGGA